UAUUAUUAUUUUCACUACACGCUUUCAAAGCCUUCUUCAAACUUCACUUCUGUGUUUGCAUGUCACUCGCGUCUCUGCAAAUACUCCAGAUUUGCAAUCUGAAAUUCCUGCAAGUGCAUCAUUUCAGCUCUUUCACGUUCCAGUACUUUUAUCUUCUUCUAAGAGAAGUGUAGAAAAUCUUGGGGUUUGUGCUCAUUUUAAAAGUUUCCUUAGUCUGCUGUAGUGCACGGGGUUCAUGCUCCAUUGCUCAGAGCCAUGUAACAAGCCCUGUAGUUCUGCCUUCUCCUACCUCUCCACCAACAAAAGGCUUCAAUUGCUCCUCAAGGGUUCUGUCUUCUUUCUUGUUCCUUUGUCUUGUUGAUACUCUGCGUGUUCUUUCAUCACCCCUUCCGUUGGAGUUAGUUUCCAUUUUCCAGCCAAAUACUGUCCAUGUUACCCACUCUAGCUUUGUUCUCUGCUUUCCUCGUACUCUUCACAAAGCAGUACAUGUUCUGAUUGAUGCGUGGCAUUGCUGGAGAGGGAAACCUACCUAAAAUUGCUUGACAGAGUUGUGAGAAAUAAGGAAGUUUCAUUUAUGCAUACAAGUUUGUCUUGCACUUCAGUUUGUGUCCCUAAUCUGGAAAGAAAGGGAAGGUUAUGUUUCUGUGUGGCUUGAAUUGAAGUUUAUAGAGACCCAGGAGCAACACCUCCAUGGACAGAUGAGGAAGUAAAGAGAGGAAAAACUCAGACAUCUUGUUCUUUCUAUUGCUGUGCUCCAGCCUGCUUUCUUCCUGGAUCUUCUUUCUAAACCAAGUUAUAUAGAAGUAACACAAUUGUGUGAGGUGCUGUUUCUGUAUCUGUGCUUACUCUUCAGCAAACCACUUCUUUCUCAAAAUUGGAGGCAGUUGAUUGUCUUUCCCAGCUAACUGUGUUAAGGGACGUUAUUUUAAACUCUUAAGCAUAAAGAAUGUCUGUAAAUUGAUUCCCCUGUAAUUGGUAGUAAAGUUCUCAUUAAUUUCACGUGUAUCAGGAUUUCAUCUGUGGAUUUCAAAACUUAAAAUUAAAAGCAUUGAAUUUCAAAGUGCUAAAUCCUAGUUUGUGCUUACAUCUUGAACAAAAGAAUAAUACUGACAUUCUGGCUGAGCAUAUUUCUCAGUCUCAGGUUUGCACCUGCAUGUUUUGUGUUUUUUUUUUUCCAAGCAUUAACUGUGUAGCAAAGCUUUUUAUAGUUAUGUGCAUUUCUAACCGUUGUGUUGCCAGAAUAGAUCACAGGGAUGGGCACCAGUGCACGGAUUGCUAAUCUUGCGUGGGCCGUGUGGCUUUGGGAAAUUUACUGCAAUGUAGACAGACAUUAUUUUAAGACAUCACAGGUUAUUACACCUUUUUUUAAAAAGUGUUUUUUAAACUCUUUUCACCAAAAUACAGGGGAAUCAUAGCGUGUAAAUGUACAUUUAAAAUGUAACUUUAAAAAUUCUGUGUUGAUCACCUCCCUCUAUAGAUAAAGCUUUGAUCUCUUUACUGCUGUCCAUGCUUUGUAAAUUUUAACAAUCAACAGGUCUGUUGAAGGGAUGACCUCGUUACAAGGAGGUGUUACAAAAUCUAAUCUUGUUCCUGCAUUAAUUAAUGGAACCGGUUAUCAGUGUUCGCUGUUCAAUAGGAAGUGAUUUUCACUUUUCUCUAGGCAAAGGAGGUUAAGAAGUAUCCAACGAAGUUUAAAAACAACUCAGGAGAUCAUUGGCUGCUUUUUUCUUCUAAGUUUCUUGAAACACUGAUUUUGCAAGAUUGUGCACAGCAUAUCCCUGUUUCACAAAGACUGCUCCUGCUGUUGGCUGGUGCUGAACUCUAACUCUGGUGUGCUCUGUAUUGGCAGGAUACUUCUGUUCACAAGCAGCCUCGUUCAUUUUGAUAGUUCUGCCCUGACAUUUCGGAAUGCUGUUCAGUGGUUUUUCAUGGUUUGGGACCAGAUGGUUCAGCACAUAGCAAGACUAAAUCUGUAUUGCUGAUAAAUUGUAACAAAAUCUGAAGUAAUCCACUUAAAUAUAGGUACACACACAUACAAUUCAGUUAAAAUGUAUUUUAAGUGAUGUCAUGCUUGCAACUUUUACUUCCACAAAGUUCAGAGGAAGAAAGGAAGCUGUUCUUUGUGAUUUCAGUGUAAAUGCUACAAUUGAACUGAAUCCAGCAUAUCUGUGUAGUAAGGAGAACCUGAUACCUAAUCGUCAGGAGCAAAGAAGAUUAAAUUUGUCACCGUUGUCUCAGAUGGGUUUUCAGUUCUCAGGCAGGCGCAACUGGGAUGCAGCAAGAGACUUGCAGAGAUAUAGGCAUCAUUACCCGGGUUUGAUAGAAUCAGAAAAUGAGGAGGAAGAACAGAUGUGGAACUUGAGCUUUUACAAAAAUGAAAUUUCUUUUUUGCCUCAGGGUUUGCAUAUUGAAACUCUGCUUGAAUUGUGGUGGGACAACUUUGAAGUUCUGGAAGAAAACCAUUCGUACAUACAGUGGCUAUUCCCCUUACGUGAACGUGGGAUGAACUUGCGUGCCAAACCACUAACGCUUCAAGAAAUUGAGGCUUUUAAGAAAUCUGAGGAAGUCAUGGAAAGGUUUAUACGCGCUUAUCAGCUCAUGUUGAGAUUUUAUGGAAUAAUUCUGACUAACCAGGAGACUGGAGAACUCAAGAGAGCAGAGAAUUGGGCUGAAAGAUUUCAAAACUUGAACUGGUUUAGCCACAACAAUUUGCGGAUCACUCGCAUUCUGAAGUGCCUGGGGGAGAUGGGAUAUGAACACUAUCAAGUGCACUUGGUAAAGUUUUUCCUAACUGAAACUCUUGUUAAGGAGACGUUACCAAAUGUCAAGAGAAGUGCCUUGGAUUACUUUCUAUUCACUGUCAGAAGCAAGCAGAAGAGAAGGGAACUAGUGCACUAUGCUUGGCAACACUACAAACCUCAAAACAGCUUUGUAUGGGGGCCGCAUGACAAACUCUCAAAGUACAGACCCCGCUCUGCCAAGUCACAGCUGCACCAAACUGUUGGAAGUAAACAGGAAGAACCUGGUAGAAAAUGUGAUGUUUCUGUGGAAAAGGGUCAGAACCCAUCUCUAGAGGAAGAACAGCAAGCUGGAGGUGCUGCAGACUUGUGGCCUAAAGCGAAUGAAGAGGACACGAGAGAGAGGUUAAGUGAGUGUGUUUCAGAGGGAGGAGAUGGUGAAGAUGAGAAGGAAGCUUUGUUUACCCAGCAGGAAGAGAAUGAUUUCAGCAGUAAGGCUGAAGCGCAGGGUAUGGCAGAGAAUGAUUGUGCAAAGGAGAGCAAGAAGAGAAAACUGGAUGCAAAUACGGCAGACAAUAUAAAGAGUGGAUCAUUGAAAAGCCCUCCUGAUAUUGAGAAAAUUUCCCGUAAUCUGGGUGAAUGUGCACUUGAUGCAGAAACCUCCCCCUCAAGUUCCCUCUUACAAACAGAAGAGGGCCAGGAAAUGCUGAAAGAAGAUGAUGUGAACACCAAAGACUUAACAGUGCCAGAGACUGCUGAUGCCACCGUAAAACGGAGGAAAGUUGAUAAAAGAACACAAAGAAACAAAACAUUCAGCUUGGCCAUAAACCUGAACAUGGGGCUGCCUGCGCGCAGUGCCCAGUUGCAUCCACCUGUGUCAAACACAAAGGCUGAAGAGGAAAAAGUUGGUGAGAAAAAAACAACUGUGGAGGAGAUGGGUGAGAAGGGUGGGGGUGACACAAACAGUGGGGCUCUGAGCUGCCCAGCUGGUUCCAUGCUCCCUAAGACUAGCUGGACGUCUCCAUUAAGUGACGGCUUGGAGUCAGGUGCAGAUCAAGUCACAGCAAAGAGUGACCAGCACCUCUGUGAUAGCAUGCUCCUGGGAAGGAAAAGUGAGGCAGAUGGGAUAGAACAGCAUAAAAGGGCAGCAAACGCAAGUGAAGAAGAGGAAGCAAAAGCCACGAGCAAGAAACAAGUUCCAGGGAGUCUUGAACAGAAUAUGGCAUCCACUUGUCCUGAACAAGACAGUGCUGAGCUUGCAAUACAGAAAACUGAUAACUCUGAGCAUGCAGCAGAACCUGAUGAAGAACAGGUGGCAGAGUGAGACCGGCAUAGCAAACACUUGAGCAAGCAGAGAUGACAUUGCCCUAACUGCUGGGAGCUAGCUUUACGGAUCUGUACACCACAGGUGCAUGGAAAAAUAAACUUUGUUUGGACUGAUCCAGGCUAGACCCUGUGUCACUUUCAGCCUUCCACGCUUUUUUAUAAGUCAUCUGUAGUGAUUUCAUUGAGAACGAGCUCUUGGUUACCCUGAAAAUGAGUCGUCAUCCUAAACAGGCUGCGUCCUGUUCCUGUUUCUAUCUGAUGUUCAGAACUAUCAUGGAGCAACAGGGAUUUUUGCACUUUGCUUUGGUUCUGGUGUGUCCCUUUUCAAAGAAGAGGGAAACUAAUCUGAUUCCUUGUUUGAACUAGAAAAGUAUUUAUAAAACACACAAAAUUUACUGUAAGAUAGCAUGCCUGAUUUGCCAGACCUUUGUGUUUCUAUUUCUGUUUCUAUUACCAUGGAACUUCUUUAUCAUUUUGCAUCAUGUGGGAGUGUAGUUGCCUUUCCUCCUGUAAGAAAAUAGGUUUGAGUUCAGACUGGGAUAAAACGUAUGGCCGUAAGGUGUCUCUGACCAGUAUUAACCUGCGUGUCCAGAUACUGUUCUCCAGGGUGCAGAAACAUUGGGUAACUGUUCCCUUUAUCCUCAGCAGAAGUUGCUUCUUAGUGCUUCUUAGAUUUGCUAAGAAUACAAAUUGUCUGGUUUCUAAGAGAAACCUUCAGGCUUUGUGUAAAGCUGACUGGAGCUCUUCUUCCCCGUCUUUUUCCACCACCUUCAGGAGCUUGAUAGUCUUCCACAGCUAUUUAUGUCCGCUACUAGUUCAAAGGUCUCUCUUCCUCGAUUGCUAAAACAGAAUAAAUAUUUUUUGUCACUGCAUCUCUUCAGAUUUUGGUGUUGCUUUGAGAUGGCCUCCAGGGCUAUCUUUCCUGCAGGCCUGCUGAACGCAGCUAGCUGUCUCAAAUCUCACCCGCUUCCUAGUUGUGGCAGGAUUGUUCUACCAUUAAUGAUCAGCAUGUCAGACAGCGAGGGCACGUUCGAGUGCAGCGUGUCUGCUAACCACUUGGGGCUUUGUUGUGGGCCGCUUAAUUGAAGCUUUAAUUGGUGGGGGUACGCUUGUCUGGUUCAUUGAUUUACAGCCCUUAAGAAUUUACUUUCAGCCCUUGCCAGCUCCUUGCCUGCCUUAAUGUUACUGACCUCUCUGCUAGCUGUUCUGCCUGACUUGUACAGGAUUCAACCAAGUCUGAAGGAGCACUGAACAAUUUAGCACUUUUGCUCCGUGAGGUUUACAACAGAGGACGUGUUUCAUGAAGCAGAGGAAACAUUUUCAACAGCCAGAAGGUCUGGACUCGCUGUUUGCCCAGCUUGUUUGUUUUAGUUUUGGGGUUUUCAGGUGCUGUUUGUUUUGUGUAGGGGAUGGCUAGGGGCUUGCUUGCCUCAUCAGAGAGCAGAUGCAGUCGCCUGUGCAAUGUCAAUGUCUUUCCUCUCUCUGCUACAGCUCUUCAGAAGUUCAUCUUUCAAGGAAUUUGAUCUGUGAUUGGCCUUCUCAGACUGUAGGCCCCGGUGCAGCAUGCCACAUCCAUGCGUGUGGGGAUUAAAAAAAAAAGUCUGCAAGCUUCUUAUUUAAUGCUCAUGGUCACACACAUGCUGGAAAAAGGCUUUAAUGUUUUUUAAAUAACUUUCUUAUGAAAAGAUGGUGUUAAAUUGCCAAUAAGAAUACACUUAAAUACAGAUAUAAAUACUUGAAGAUGUGGAGUGAAAAUUCUUUAAUAAAAGAUAAGUAAAAAAUUGUUAAUCAUGGCUUUUGUACAGAUUUAUAGUAAUUUUGUUAUUUAAUGAAGUUUUCAUUGUGAACACAUGCUCAGUUGGGGCAUAGCUCAUAAAUCUGGUGUGGUGAUGUUCAGUUUCUUUUGUGUUUAAUGGGGUUUCACUGUGAGCCCUAGUGUGGAGUGCUCAAAACGAGCUGUUCCCUACUGUGGCCAGUUCAGAGUUUCGGCUGUAGGUGUUUGCAGUGAGUUCACGGGCUGUAUUCUCCAGCACUCGGAGCUGUAUGACAGUGUUACAUUAAUGUCACCUAUUAAAGCAUGACUUCAAUGCA